AUGGUAAUCAUCCUUGGGACCGGCUCCACGGCCAAGCACGCCGUUGACCUAAUUUAUUAUUUGCUCCAGCAAGGUAAGUUGAAGGAAAUUAUAGGCAUCCCAACGUCCAAACAGACCCACCAGCAAAUGUUGUCUCUCGGAAUCUCGCUUUCAGAUCUCGGCUCUCAUCCCACCCUCGACCUUGCAAUCGACGGCGCCGACAAGGUCAAGAUUUUGGUGGAAAAUGGAGUGGCAAUUUGGUUGUUUUAG